AAUAAGUUUAUUGCAUUUGCAAAAAGUGGUGCUGCUUAAUUUGGCAGGUGUCAGAAAUGUGCCUGGAAUCAAUGUGUGGUUUUUCGUCAGCGUAUUAACCCCCGAGGUAAAUGAUGCCUUGACUUGGUCGACGGAAAAUAAUCUCAUAAAUAAACAUUAAGUCAAAUGUACAGACCAGGCAAAGCAAUUUAAACAAAGAAAGAACUAAAUAGAAACCAAUUAGCUCCUAAAAAGUUAUAAACAGUGAAAACAUGGGGUGCUUAAGUAGUAAAGACCGUUUAACCAAAGAAGACAUGGAGUUUUUAAAAACGCAUACGAGAUAUGACGAAGCCACAAUUAAAGAGUGGUAUAAAGGAUUUAAGCAAGAUUGUCCCAACGGCCGAUUGACGCCAGCAAAAUUUGUCGAUAUGUAUAAAAUGUUUUUCCCAUCCGGAAACGCGGAAGAGUUUUGUGACCAUGUUUUUCGUACAUUCGAUAUGGACAAAAAUGGAUAUAUUGACUUUAAGGAAUUUUUACUCGCAAUAGAUGUAACUUCGAGCGGAACACCGGAAGAAAAGUUAAAGUGGGCUUUUCGAAUGUACGAUGUCGAUGGCAACGGUGUUAUAGACAUACAAGAAAUGACCAAAAUUGUUCAGGCAAUUUAUGACAUGCUAGGAGCGUGCUCAUCUAAUCGUCCAGCUGAUUCAGCAGAAGAAAGAGCAAAAAAUAUUUUUGCAAAAAUGGACGAAAAUAACGAUGGUCAAUUAACCCAAGAUGAGUUCUUGAAAGGAUGUUUGCAAGAUGAGGAGUUGUCAAAAAUGUUGGCACCAUAAACAAUUAUAUCCUACAAUAUGUGUGUAUUUGAUGAAAUCAGUAAUGAAAUGUAUAAAUAUUUAAUUUAUAUUUCUUAUACUAAAAUUAAACUACUAUAAAACUAUGAAAUCAUUAAA